CUGUCUGCGCGUCUCUUUGUCCUCUGUGAACGCGCGCUAUGCACCUUGCAUUGAUGUGGGCGCGCACCCAACUUAUGUGUUUUGUUGCGUUCAUCACCUGAGCAGCACUGCGGGCUUCAUUUGGGCUGGACGGUUUGUCAGACGAGGCUGAUUUCCAGUUGCAGUUCAAUAUGCCGAGAGACAGACACAACCCUCCUUCCUACCAGCCGGGUAGCAAACACCAUAGCAGCAGACACAAGCACAGUGAGGCCAUGUCCAAUCCAGCCUUUUCACACUACCCAGGGGACACGAUGCUUCACUUCUACCGCUGGACUUCACCACCGGGUGUGAUGAAGAUACUUUCCAUCAUCAUCAUUGUCAUGUGUGUGGCCGUGUUUGCCUGUGUGGCCUCCACGCUGGCCUGGGACUAUGAUAUGAGCCUCAUGGGUUUGGGUGGUGGAGCUGGUUUGCUGCCAGGCGUUGGUUAUGGAGGUUCAUAUGGCGGCACAUACGGUGGUGGCGGCAGUUUUGGCGGCUCAUAUGGAGGAGGCAUUGGCAGUGGCGGCAGCAGCUAUGGCUACGGAGAGUCACAAAUGAAUCCCAAAGCUGGCAAGGGCUUCAUCAUCGCCAUUGCUGCCAUUACCUUCAUAGCUGUGCUCAUCAUAUUUGUGUUGGUUAUUUCGAGGCAAAAUGCUGCCAAAUCAACAAAGUUUUACCUCGCAGCCAUCAUUGUCUGUGCCAUCUUGGCAUUUCUGAUGAUCAUCGCCACCAUUGUGUACCUGGUAGCAGUGAACCCAACAGCCCAGUCUACAGGGUCUGUGUACUAUAGCCAGAUCCUCCAGCUGUGUGCUCAGUAUCAGAACCAGGACCAGGCCCAGGGUAUCUUCCUCAACCAGUACCUGUACCAUUACUGUGUGGUGGAGCCCCAAGAGGCCAUUGCUAUUGUCCUGGGAUUUCUGGUGUUUGUUGCCCUCAUCAUCCUGCUGGUGUUUGCAGUCAAGACUCGCUCCCAGGUCAGGCGCUGGGGCCGGGACCGCAUUCUCUGGGAGGAAGUGAAGGUCCUCAGUGACGUUCACCAUAACAGCAUUGGAGAGUGGGUGAAUAAUGUGUCUGGUGCCCCAGAGGUGUUGUUGAAUGAUCCCAAUCCCCAUGUCAGGGGAUCCAGAGACUAUCUGGACCAGCUAGACCACAAGAAGCCUCUUUAUCUGCCGGGUGACUCUGACAUGAGCAGCUCGGUGGGGGGCCUGAAGCCCAGGCUAAAGGACAAUGAUACUGAUGCAUAUUCUGGAGAUGAGCUGGACGAGGAGGACUUCAACUAUAUGUUUCCUUCAAUCGUGGAUGAGCAAGAGCGUCUGAACUAUAAACGGGAAUUUGACCGGGAUCACCAGGAGUACAAGAGCUUGCAGGCUGAGCUGGAUGGCAUAAACCAGGACCUGGGUGACCUAGACAAAGAGCUGGACCGACACCCUGAGGGCAGUCCACACUUCCUUCAUGCCAUGGAUGAAUUCACUCGACUGAAGAACCUCAAAAAGUCUCCAAACUAUGAAAUUAAGAAGAAAAGGUGUAAAUAUCUCCGGUCCAAACUGUCGCACAUCAAGAGGAAAAUCAGCGAAUACGACCGCCGACCUUGAGCCCCCCCCCCCAUUUCCCAUCCUCACUGUGUUUGAGUUUUUGAAAGGGGUAUAAAGGACAUGUACAUUUUUGAUUGUUUUUUUUUGUUUUGUUUUUUUUUUGACAUAUUGCUGUUGUCUUUUAUUAAAUUCCUUGACCUCUGAGAUCUUUAUGAAGAACUGUCUUGGUGAAUUAAAUGUAUUUUGUGUGAUUCUUCCUGACUUUAGAAAGUGAGAGAUGUGAUUUGACAUGUUUUUGUUUCAUCAUUCCAGUCUUAUAUCAGGGAGAAAUUUUAAUUAAUUUAUGAGCUUUUUAAAGAAACAUGUUAUAUGUUCUAUGAAGCCAAAGCUAAGAUGAGGCAUAAUUAUGUUUGGCACAGAGCAUCCCUUAUAAAUCAAGUUUAUUUUUACUCUAAAAAUACAUGUGAUUGUACUAGAGUAAGCUUCGCUGUACCUUAUUGCGUUAUCUGCAAAUGAUAAAACCUUUGUGUCCUACAACUGUAAUGUCUCUUUUAUACCUUUUUGAUAACUGAUAUUAAAAGGGGAGGGUUGAAUGAUGAUCAUUUUAUUUCUCAUUUGCACUAUAUUCAAAAGAAAAUAAACAAUUCCUCCAACAUG